UCGCGAUUUUUGGAAUUGAGAAGCGGCCAGCUAGCCCAGAGGUUAACGACAUGAUACCUGUGUGUCUGUAGAAAUGGCUGAAUCUUCCUCACCUUCCUGCCGGUUUUUCUGCCACCGGUGUGCAGCAGAAAUCAGCCCGCGUUUACCGGACUUCACCUGUCCACACUGUGAGUCAGGAUUCAUUGAGGAGUUGCCAGAUGAAACAAGAAAUGAAGAUAACUCUCCAUCUGCUUCCUCUACAAGUGAUCAGACACGGACAACCUUUGAGAAUGUGGAUCACCACCAGCACUUGUUCACCUUUCCCUCUGGGUACAGUCCAUUCACUGUUGGGAUUUUCAAUGACAACUUUGAAGUCAGAACUUGGCUACCCACAGAAGAUAACAACCAAGAGACGGAAAUGCGGCCAGAUCAAGAAACGGCGUCACUGCAACGAAACAGCGCCCAGCCGUCGCGGGGUCGACACGUGCCUUGGCGGCAGGGUACACGCCACGAGGGAGUUCCCACGUUGGAGGGAAUUAUCCAGCAGCUAGUUAAUGGAAUCAUAGCACCAACAGCCAUACCGAAUAUUGGAAUGGCACCAUGGGGUAUGCUUCAUUCUAACCCAAUGGACUAUGCCUGGGGUGCCAAUGGCCUGGAUGCCAUCGUAACGCAGCUACUGAAUCAGUUUGAAAACACGGGUCCUCCUCCUGCAGAUACAGAAAGGAUAAAAAGUUUGCCCACCAUCUCCGUCACAGAGGAACAUGUGGGUGCUGGUUUAGAGUGUCCUGUGUGCAAAGAAGACUACAGUGUCGGGGAAAGGGUCAGACAGCUGCCAUGCAAUCAUUUGUUUCACAAUGACUGUAUAGUACCAUGGCUGGAACAGCAUGAUACGUGCCCCGUGUGCAGGAAGAGUCUUAAUGGGCUGAACACAGCCACAAACCCACCAGGUUUAUCAGGGAUGAACUUCUCUCCCUCUUCGUCGUCCUCUUCCUCUUCUGCCUCAUCUACCAAUGAGAAUGCCACUAACAAUUCAUAGAUUCCCACCUAAACUCCAUAUCUGGAAACAUUGCAAUGAGACUCAUAAGUGUUUUCUACAGUGGGCACAUGCACAGCUGCCAGUCUUAAUUCUAAGGGACGCAUGAGAGCUCCUUGCAGACUUCUUAGUCCUCAUUCCUGACCUGCUGCUGGGUCCAUCUCCUCCUCUUCCAGCUGCUGCAGUUGAACUGAGGACACUUAUACACAAGGUACCACUGGAGGAUCCACAACAAUAAAAGUAGGAUCCGCCACAAGGUUAGGAGGACACAUUUUCUAUUUAAAAGUCAAAAUGCUCUUUUUAAACGUCGCCUGUGGUGGUGCAGAUGCGUAGAUAUCUAGUUCAUAUCUCAUGAAUGCUGAACCACUGCACAGCAAAUGUAUCCAAUUUUGUAUAUGCUUCUGACUUUUAUUUGCACUUGUUUUUAAAAUUUGCACAGUAUUUUAUAUUUUUGUGAGCGUGUUGGUUGAACUGAUUUUUUGUAGUCAUUUAAUUAGUUCUUCAUGUGUGUCUGGUGCAAUUUGGAUGAUGAGUUUAGGAGGUUUAUGCUGCAUUUGUAAUUGUAGUGUUAAAUUUUUUUUUCACAAUCUUACUAUUUAUUAAUCUUAGACCACAAGUAUGGACAACAAUAAAACUUGGCAAAGAACAUGUAAUAUUCUUACUUCUA